AAGUGCCUGAGGUACACAUUUGAAUGGACUUCAUGGGCUUCAGCGUUUACAUCCAUUUAGACAUCUCCUGGAAUGGAACAAAGACUGCCAUCGUUAUGUUAGAGCCAAAAUGUUUUUAACUAGUUUUUAAAGUGUCAAACAUUCUUGUUUAAACUGGAGAAGAAGUUGAUGGCCACCAGCCAUGAAGGCAGGGUGUGUCACCGUCAUCUCAGAGUGGUGUGGGAGGGGACAGGUAUGAAUGAUGUGUUGAGGAUCGGGGAGUCGUCACACCCUCUUUCAUUCCAGCUCCACUCAGCUCACAAACACGCAGCGACACAGUAAAGUCUUUCAACAUCACUUCCUGUCACCGUAGAGAGAAACUGGAGCAGUGGACAGAUUUACAUCGCACUCACAUGGUGUCCAGCCACUAGGACUGGAUAAAGCUAGGUUUUGUACUAGAGCGUAAUUCCUGGAUUCCUUGAGCAUUGUGGAUAUGGGAGGCAGAGAGGAGGUAGUGGUGAGCAGACUCAAGUCCAACAUGCCGUUUUCACGCACCAGGUUGAAUCGUUUCAGGCUCCGUCCUGUCCACACAGUGAGGAGUAAGCAUGUGAAGUCCCAGAAGAUAAAAGCCAGAAAUCCCAGCCCCACCGAGAUGAGCGUGGAGCCCUGGGCCAGCCCGCAGGACCAGGCAGCAGCUGAGCACACAGACAGGACGCACACGCCACCCUCCCAAGAUCAGGAGCAGCACCCCGACAAACUCUGCCUGGACUCGUUCUGGAGUGAGGUAGAGACCAUCCGACAGGGGAGUGGCUACACAGACCUUGACUGCACCAGGAGAGACUCCAGACAGUCUGAAGAGGGUGAACAGGAGGAGCAGUGGUUGGCCGAUGCCGGUUUAUCAAACCUCAUCAAUGAGGACUGCGAGGAUGUAGACAAUGCGGUACUGCUGUCCACUCUGACCCGGACACAGGCCGAGGCCGUCCAGCGUCGACUGGAUUCCUACACGCUGUCCCUCCGCAAGAGGAACAAACCGGCACCACGUGACGUCCGUGACGUCUUCACCUCUCCCAUCACUAAGCAGACCCAGCAUAGUGAAGACCUUGCACAGAACAGCAUGGCAUCAGUUGCCAAAACACCUCUAUCAGGGUGUGUUUCACGCUCAGCCAUGACGCCAGAGCAUCAGCGAGGUGCUGCUAAAGAGGAAUUCUUCAUCACAGACGUUUCCUACUGCGAGCAGGCCGUCAUCUUCCUCAAACAGGCCAAGCUCCCGCAGAACAACAGCCAACGCAGAAAAGAGGAUGGCACCCUGCCUCGGGUGAUCUGCCCCAAGUGCCGUCUAGGAGUGACUCGUAUUCAGGAUCUCUCCCACACUGACAUGAAGAAGGUGCGUCAGUUGGCUCUCAUCGACAUGACGGCGCUGUGCGACCUCUUAGAGCUGGAGGUCAAAAGACACAAAACCAGCAAGAGGAAAACCCCAGAUAGCCCACUCUUCGGGGUGCCGCUGGCCACGCAGCUGGAGAACGAUCAGAAAAUCAAGCCCAACACGACGACUCCUCUCUUCCUGCAGACUUUGUUGUCGUUUUUGGAGAAGAAAGGAGUCGAUUCAGAGGGGAUCCUGCGGGUUCCAGGAUCUCAGUCCAGAAUCAAGCUGCUGCAGCAGAACUUGGAGGCCAACUUCUACUCAGGGCAGGUCAGCUGGGACGAGGUGAGUCCAAACGACGCUGCUGCACUGCUCAAGAAGUUCAUCCGGGAACUGCCCGCUCCUUUGCUCACCGCCGAGUACCUCAACACCUUCAGCGCUGUCAGAGACAUCACCGAGCUGAAACAGAAACUCCACAUGUUGAACCUGCUCAUCCUGCUGCUGCCUGAGCCCAACAGGAACACACUGAAGGCCCUCCUUGAGUUCCUCAGUAAGGUGAUUUCCAGGGAGAAGAGGAACAGGAUGAACCUUUGGGCCGUAGCAACCAUCAUGGCUCCCAACCUCUUCCUCCAUAAGGCUGUCCCCAGUAGGCUGACUGAGGGGGCAGAGAAAGGACAUGCAGAGAAGGCAGCCGAUGUUAUGAGGCUCCUCAUCCGCUACCAGGACCUGCUCUGGACGAUCCCUAAUUUCCUCAUGAGCCAGGUGCGUAAGCUGAAUGAGAACAGUAACCGGCGUUACCAGUUCUACGAUCGCCGCAUCAAGAACCUGCUGAGGAAGAUUCACACAGACAGCCGGGACAAACCUGAUAAAAACACCUCAGAGCUGUGCCGUACGGUAAAGAUCCAGGUUGGAGAUUUGGUGAGCAGCACCAUGGAGUAUCAGCUCACCGUCAACUCCCGAGCCUCAGACCUCCUCGCCCAGUUUCAACGCCAGUCCGUACGCAGCCCUGAAAAUGGAAAGGGUAAAAUGCGAAGAAACGGUUCUGUGGCGUAUCCAGACUGUGCCCUGUACGAAGUAGGAGGCAAUAUUGGUGAACACUGCCUGGAUCCCGACACACACCUCCUGGAUUUGUACAACAGUAACCAUGGAGGAGAAUGGAUCAUCAAGCUGAGACCCAACGCCAGCAGAGGGCUGUGAAGGAUGGACAGACAGAUCGGGGAAAAGCUCGCCACAGAAGGACAAUGGCAGAGCCUAAAAAAAGAUCAAAUCUACUACGCAGCCCUCUCUUUUUUUGUCCUUUUCAUCCUUGGAGCAACGAGGGAGAAGGAGAUAGAUGGACAGAUGGAGAAAGCAGAAACAGAUAGACGGAGAAUCUGCCAGGAGCAGAACCAAAAAAAAAAACUAUAUGAUCAGAUGAACACACAUUGCCCUCUUUCUCUUUCUCCUCUUUUUCCCCCCUUCACUCCAUCAUUCCUCUCCUUUCUACGGGACUACUACGCUGGGAGCAAAAAGCUGCUGACGUGACUCAUUACUUCCAACAGAGAACGUGCCGCAUAAAAAAAAACAA